AUGUUUGAGGAAUAUUUUGAUGACCAUCAUUAUGGCAGAAAGGGAAAACACACCGUCAGCAGUGACGACGUCAGGAAGAACGCCGUCAGCAGCAGCAGUGACGACGUCAGGAAGAACGCCGUCAGCAGCAGCAGUGACGACGUCAGGAAGAACGCCGUCAGCAGCAGCAGUGACGACGUCAGGAAGAACAUCGUUAGCAGCAGUAACGACGUUAGGAAGAACGCCGUCAGCAGCAGCAGCAGCAGUGACGACGUCAGGAAGAACACCGUCAGCAGCAGCAGUGACGACGUCAGGAAGAACGCCGUCAGCAGCAGCAGCAGCAGUGACAACGUCAGGAAGAUCACCGUCAGCAGCAGCAGUGACGGCGUCAGGAAGAACGCCGUCAGCAGCAGCAGUGACGACGUCAGGAAGAACGCCGUCAGCAGCAGCAGCAGCAGUGACGGCGUCAGGAAGAACGCCGUCAGCAGCAGCAGCAGCAGUGACGGCGUCAGGAAGAACGCCGUCAGCAGCAGCAGCAACAGUGACGCCGUCAGGAAGAACGCCGUCAGCAGCAGGGUGGGAGGGAGGAAAGACCUGCUGAAACAUUAA